CACCGCGCCACGAAGACCGCGGUCCACGGACUGAUCCACAAUCUCCCGUGAUUACUACCCGGUCAGAGCUGAACGGAACGUGUAUUCCCAUCGCGUCCCGCGAGUUUUGGACUUCCGUCGAUAUUUCGAGGGGAAUUCGAAGAGGUACGAAUUUCUGCUUCCCGCUACAAACGGCGGUCCGCAGCUUCUCGAUCCAUUUCUCCGGAGUGCCCGGCCGAGUGUUGCCGAUUAUAAUAUAAAAGAUCGGAAGUAAGGAGAGAAAAGCUCGGGAACAGUUGAUGCUGGACGACGAGAGAAUUCAUGUGGUUUUACGAAAAUUCAAUUCAGUGAUACUCAGUGGAAUAGUCAAACGUGAUUUCGUUCGGUUUGCACUAUCGACAUUCGGUACGAAUAAUGGUGCCAUCUCAACCGGGACAUGCGACAUGUACAAUUGAAAGCAUUACUCACCGUGUAUCAAGAUGACUUUUGCUAAGUGCCAAAGAAAGGAUCAGAGCGAACUUUCCCUCGGCUGUGUCGCAAUCUUAUUCUCCGGCAGGGUUUUUAACUCGAGCAGUCAAUGAUCUGUGGAAUUGUAACAUAACCGCGUUACUCGUACACGUUCCGUUGCACACGAAGGUAAAGAAAAAGAAAAGAAGAAAAUGUCAGAGAACGGCUGACGCGGUAAAUUAAAUUCAUUCUGAAUCCCUACAUCCGGAAUUCGAUCUCCCGCGUCACGAUCACAGGAGUGUUCACAGAUUUGGUUUAUUCCUGCAUUAAUAGUUCAUUCCUGGAAGGUGUGAUACAAAUUCGUGCAAAUUUCACCAACGACAAAAUUAAACAUAGCAACAUUCUAGGCAAAUGAAUAAAUGAAAUAUAAAAACUCCCCUCGAGCCUUAAAAGCGCGGGUCGUUGCAGCUGACGCGUUUCUUAAUUCUCUGGGAAAUGGUAAAGGAACAUAGUGGACUUCAAAGGUACUCCACCGGGACUUUCGAGGUCUCUGCUCUCGAAGCAUUAUAUUUGUCCUUCCGUUGGUCCCUACAACGAUCCCCUGCACUCACCGACAACGGAUUCAGGAAAGUGUGGGUAAUGCACCUUAACGCUAGUGAAACUCUCUCGUGCCGAACAUCGAGACUGCCUUGUGUUACGUAAAGUUCUGAACGGAGCGAAUUUUUUCGAGGACUCGAUAAAGCCGGUUUCGAACACGUGGAAGCCCGAGUGUCCGUUAAUCUUACAUUGGACAACACACGAGAAGCUAAUUGAAAGGGAAAAAAUACAGGCAAGGAGUGAAAAUUUCUGUGCCAAGGAGACGCAGGCAGCUUGUUAAGUGGCAUCGAGAAAAGUAUAACCCAGACAUCUUUAUGAUCACAAUCGUCGAACCAAUAAUUAUUUCGAAUCGUGCAUUGCCCAAGAAAUCGUGAAGGAUUUGAACUCACAGUUUGACCAAUGAGUUUGGAUUUUUAAAAAAUAGCAAGUGUCGCGUUUCGAUUAAAACCGGUGCAGUUUUAAGCGCGAAAAAACUUUUUCCCACAGACAAUUAAAGGGAGUAAACGCAGCUGAAAAGUGCAGUGAAAUAUCAGGUGGGUGGGAGGGACGAGAAGCAAUUUUGAACGACUAGUUUAGAGAACAAGUCAGUACAAAUAUUCCAAAAUGAAGUUCAUCACCGCGCUCUUCGGCAAUGGGUCGCCGAAGAAAAUGGGCAAGCAGUACAUGAAGGUGGGGAAAAACGCUCUCUUCGGAAUUAAGCCCAGCGGUAUCAAAGAAAUUUACGCAGAAAAAGGCCCGACACCUCUGAGUUUGCUGUUAUCCAGAAAGGGCAAGGUCAAACACAGUCGAAUCGCCGUCAUCUUGUUCGGGCUAUUCGCCUUGGCCAUUGGGAUUAUCCUCAGCAGCAUACCGUGGGUGGAUUACGUGCUAAUGAAACAAUUACGGUUAUGGAACGGAUCCCUCUCAUUCCAGUAUUGGCAAAAACCUGGCGUCGUUCGGUUAACCAAAGUUUACAUUUUCAAUGUAACGAAUACCGAUGGGUUUUUGAACUUUGGCGAAAAACCAAAGGUUGAGGAAGUUGGGCCCUUUGUUUACAAAGAAGACAUGGAGAAAGUGAACAUUGCCUUCCACGACAACGGAACGGUGACCUAUCAGCACAAAAAGAUCCUGAAUUUCAUGCCGGAGAUGUCGAAGGAUGGGGACCUUCGCGUGAUGGUUCCCAACAUACCGUUACUGACACUGUCGACUCAGAGUAAGAGUUUGCCUGGAUUCCUGACCAUGGGACUCUCCGUUUUUCUGCAGGGUAUGGGAAUCGAGCCGUUCGUCCCGAUUACGGCGCAGGAAUUGGUAUUCGGUUACGACGAUCCUUUGGUCAGUUUGGCUCAUCGGUUUUUCCCUAAAACGAGGCGACCAAUGAGCCAAAUGGGGCUUCUUUUAGGCAGAAACGGCACGCUGAGCGAGGUCCAUACAAUUUACACGGGUGAAAAGGGUAUGAAAAACUUUGGUCUUCUAAACAAAUUGAACGGCAUGGAUACUCUCCCCUUCUGGCCGAAGGAGCCGUGCAACUCUAUCAGCGCUUCCGAAGGAUCGUUUUUCCCGCCUCGGGACACCACUGGUUCCGACAUUGUUCAUCUCUGGGACAAGGAUAUCUGCAGAAUUUUACCGCUCCAGUACCGUGGUCCAGCCGACAAGACCGGAAUCAGGGCUGACCUGUACACACCGACAGACACCAUCUUCGAUCCACCCAGCGAGGAAACCCCGGAUAACGAGUGUUUUUGCCAGGACGAACCGGAGAACUGUCCUGUCCGUGGUCUGCAGAAUAUCAGCCCGUGCCAGUACAGCGCUCCGGUUUACUUGUCAUGGCCGCACUUUUACAAAGCAGCACCAGAACUUUUGGACGCCGUUGAAGGACUGACACCGAAACAGGAGCUGCAUGAAACGUACUUCAAAAUUCAACCGAAAUUGGGAGUUCCGGUCGAGGGUAAGGUGCGAGUACAGUUGAACCUGAAGGUGGAAAAUCAGCCGGCAAUAUCUGCGGCUGCCAAUUUCCCGGACAUCGUAUUUCCGAUAAUGUGGCUGGAGGAAGGAAUCGACGAGUUGACACCACCGAUAAGAAGGUGGAUGUACCUCUCGACAACGUUCAUGGAUGUAGCGGCGCCUUGUUUCGCCUACGGACUGACACUGAUCGGAUUUGCAAUCCUGACCACGGUCGUCGUAAAGACUUACAAAAGUGUGAAGUUCGCCCGGGAAAUUGUCGAGCUGAGCAGGCGGACGGAAAAAAAGGGUUCCUACCUUUUGGUCAACGGACAGCACAGGCUGAUCAUUGCCAGAGACUCUUACCUAUGCUUGAACGAACACUAUCCGAGCACCGUUGAGUCGGUCGCGGUAUGAGUAGCGUUUUAUCGAGCGUGGACAAUUUUUUUUCUUUUUUAAGUUUGUACGUUCUUUUUUCUUCUCUUGAUUCUUUCCGAACGGCGGUACAGAUCGCAGACAGAGCCGUUGAACCGCGAUGUUCGGAAUAUACAAACGAACGUUUACCUGAAUGAAUAAGCCGCGCCGCCAGCUUUAACAAGAUAUUUAUUUCGUCGGGGAUGCGGAUCAGCCAGGAGUGAGAUCAGUGACGAUGUGUUUAAAGGUAUAAUUGAAAAACAAAAUAAGGGUGGCCAAAGAUCUUGACGCGAGACUCUACGGAGUCUCUUGAUUUGACUUCAAACUGUAAUCAACACCGACAUCUGCCGGACGAACUGUUAAAUUUGUAGCGCGGAGAAUGGUUGGAUGGGUCUUCUGUCGGUAAAGGAGAGAUCUGCCGAGUCAAAGGUAAAUGAGAGCGCGCACUGCCUAAUCGUAGAUCGAGCUUUACAUCGAAAAAGCUUAAGGUCAAUUUAUACAGUUACAGUUCAUAUAAUCAUAUAUAAAUGACUGUAACCAUACAUAUGUAUGUAUACUUAUGCAUACGUAUUGUUAUAUAAAAGUUAAGGUUGUAUAAGAUCGUAUGAUACUAAGGCUGCAUUUUGGUGCCCUAGAAUUAGGCAUCGUAUAUUUUGUAAAUACGAGGCAAAUUUUUAUGCAUAUCUAUUAUAUACUCACUAAAACAAUUAACACGGUCAUUGCUCAAUUCUAAUUCAGGAAACUUUAAUUUUUUUUUUUUUUAUAUAUAUAUAUAUUAUUAUACAUAUAACAUGCAUGUAGUCGUAAUUAUUCAUACUAGGGGAUAAUUGAAUUGUAUAUUUUUGUGAAAACCGUCCAAUGAACUCGUGCAAUAAAAAUAUUUUCGUACUUACACUACGAUAUACGUAUGAGUUGUAUCAAAUACACUGCAUAUUUGCAUACGAUAUACUAUAAUAUGUUAGAUGAAUUAAUAAUUUAGCCGUUAACUUUUAAUUGCAAUUAAUUUUGCAAUUGAGAAAAUCAGCGAAAUAUUAAUAAUAAUUAAUCGUUCUAUGAUUGAUUAUUAUUAUUGUUAUUCCUCUAUCCGAAACGAAAUACAACACUUUUAUACGCAUUAAAUCAUCAUCUGUUAUACCCUAAUUCGUACGAAGUAGAUUACGUAUAAACACAUUAUUUUACGGCCAUGACCAUUGCACGAUGAUAAUAAUAUAUCGUUAUAGUUAUUAUCACGACACGUUAUUUUAUAAUAUUUUUUACUCGACGUGGAGGUGCGUUAAAUACAGCUAACGAUAUCCAACGCAUUAAAUUAUAUACAUAGAUGCAUAAUUUUAUUUAUGCCGCAUCGAAGACAAGUAUUCAGUAUCCAUAUACGUAUAUACAUUUAUAGCUAGUUAAUAUAAAAUAAUAAUUUCUAUUUUAAUAAAUCGUAUCAAUACACGAAUAUACGGAAUGAAAUUCUUUACAGCGUGCGUAAAAAAUUCCAUUCCCAUAAUAAUCUUAUACAUCCCGGUUAUAUUGCAUAUAAAUAUACCGCGUGCGUAACUCGAUACGGAAUAAUGCUAGGGAAAUAAUGGAAUAAAACGAAUAUAGCGAUAAUAACUUUUCAAUGUAAAAAUAUAGUGUUUAUUAAUUUAUAAAAUAAUAGAUCAAAUCAGAAAUUUAA